AUCCAGGCCCCAGUCUUCUUUUCCAACAUGGGCGGCCCACAGUCUGCCAUCACACAAACAAUUGCGGCGGUAUCGUUCACAUUCAGCGGGAUCGGUUACGCCCCCUGCGCGCUUCCUAUCACCCCUUACGGCGUCGGCAUAUUUCCCAAUGGCAUCAACAUCCAGCCAGCCGGCCUCUACAUCCAGCCCACAGGUGUCCAAGUGCAGCCACAGGGCCUCCAGAUCGCGCCUAACCUCAUUGUCAUCGGUCCCUAUGACACCCAAAUUGAGCCGCAGGGACUCAACAUUGCGCCGGCUCUGAUCUCCAUUGUGCCGGUCAAGACAUUGGUCAACCCCACAGGGCCUCUGUCCAUCUCUGACAGUCUGGUGGAUGUCCAAGUGCCGGCUCUGGCGCCCUGAUUCUGAGAAUAUAAUUUCUCUGGACCCCCAAGCGCCUACAGAGUACUCCUGCUAUUGCAGGGGUCCUACAGACGCUGUAUUUGUCAUGCUUAGUGAGUCUUUGGUUGAUGACACGUCAUUGCUGCAAAUGGACAGCAAGUCUCUUUGGUGGGGCUGGCGCCUAGAUAUUCCUUGGCCAACGCCCAAGUGCUGCUGUGGACAGCAAUCUCUCUUUGACGGACAACGGGGACCUCAACGCCUCUCCUUCUGAUCUCUUCCAGUUACCUUAUUGGCUGGGUCUUGGGUAUUGCCCAUUGCACUGCUCUCUCUUGUUCUUGCAGAAUGCUGGUCUGAAUGUCUGCCUCUGAUUCUGAGGCAUCAAGCGUGCUAAGCUUGCGGGGACAAAAAAGUUUUGGUCUUUGGCUUAUUGAUCAGUGAGGCACGCUGUCAAGCAUUGCACCAGGGCACACGUAACCGUGUCUAUCAACUCUGAUACUUUUGUAUGUCGUAUCACCUGGACAAGGAUGCAUGCUGUCUUAGGUAUGUAUCAGUGGAUUGUCUUUGGCAUUCACUGGCUGACAAGCAGAGGAGUCUUGACAGUCAGCAUUGACAUUGUGUGACACUUACACUUUUAGCAUUCAUGAGCUGGCUCUAGAGGUGCUCGAGGGAUCUCAUAUUUAGCACGCAUGUCAGGGGUAUUAGAUCUUUUGUAAUGGCAGAACAGGAUAAGCAUAUGAGGAAGAUUGGGGAGGUUAACAAGACUAGCUCAGUUGAUCAUCAUGAUGAUAGCAAGCAAGUCCGGCAGACGCCAGGCUACUAAGGGUGUUUGAAUAAAUUUAGAUAUCC